GAGAAGUAGGUACCUCCCUGGCCGCGUUGGAAAUAAACAAUAGGUAUAGUGUUGGUAGGAGCAGUGGUGUCACGUGCCUGGAUUGCUCAAUAACAGUUGAGUAUCGCAUAAUCGAAUGGUUGCCUUAGUAAGCACAUCGUGGAAUCUGCUCAUAGGUACCAGUUCUACUUCAGCCGCAUGAAAAACAGAUUGCUCCCCUCUCCACAAGAAACUCAGAAGCCCUUGGAUCGACUCUUUGAUUAUUAGGCUCCCUAGCAGCAAAUCCCAGAGCCGGCGUAACUGGGACCUUUCACCAUCGGCUUAUUCCCCGAGUAGAUUCCCCCUCCCCAAAGCUGCAAACGAGCACCGUUACCGACGGGACGACCCACACCUCAGAGGGCGGCGAGAGAGCGAAAGGAGGAGGAAAGAGGGGAAAAAAAAAAGAAACACAGCGAAGAUGGGCAGCGACGGUGACGGCAUCCACCACGUGGGCUCGAUCGGGGAGCUGCGAUCGCUGCUGGCGACGACGACGUACGUGGCGGUGGACUUCUUCGCGGACUGGUGCGGGCCGUGCAAGGCGAUCGCGCCGCACUACGCGGGGCUGGCGCGGCAGCACGCGGUCCCGGGGGUGCUGGCGUUCGCCAAGGUGGACGUGGACCGGGCGCAGGAGGCGGCGCGCGAGUUUGGCGUCACCGCCAUGCCCACCUUCCUCUUCUUCAAGGACGGCCGCCAAGUCGCCGUCAACGGCCAGGUCGCCAUCCGCGGCGCCGACCCCCGCGCCCUGUCCGCCGCCGCCGAGAAGCUCGGCGCCCUCGCCCAGAAGAGGGCCGCCGCCGCCGCGGAGACCUGAAGGGCGAAUGGGGUGGGGGUUUGCGAGACGAGCGGGUGAAGGUUAGGAAAGGAUGAUUAGGGAGCGGUGAGGGGAGGUUAGGAGGACGGAAAACGGCGGAUUGUUAGCGGCUUCACCUGUCGGGUAGACGUGCGGUUGAUCAGCAUUUCGGUUAGACGUGGGACUACGGUGAUCUACUAGAGGAUGCGUUACGAGUGACUAUGCAGGCGGCCGACCUCGACGACGUGGUCUCCCUUGCGUUACGUAGUUUACCACAUGUAUACGUACAUACGUAGGUAUACGCCCUCUUUGACCGGCAACCCAUG